AUGCGUGGGCCCGUCAGCGCCCGCGGGCGUGGCGAUGUGCGCAAGGUGGUCAUCCGGCCCCUGAAGCGCCUCGCCACCGGUCUUCCAUCUGGGUACGAGGAGGGCGCCUGGGCCCAGCUGGAGACCGCGGUGCUGGCUGUGCAGAGUGGCACCCCCACCUCCACCAGUCUGGAGGAGCUGUACCACGCCGUGGAGUUCCUGUGCAAGGACGGGGGCGGGGCCGGCCUGUACGGCCGCCUGUCCGUCCUGAUCCGCGCCCACGCCGCGGCGGUGGUGCAGGGCCUGGCCUCGGCGCCGCCCUCAGCCCCCGUCUUCCUUGAGCAGGUGGGGUCUGCCUGGCGGGCCUACACCUCCCAGCUCCUGCUCACCCGCCAGAUCUUCAUGUACCUGGACUGCGGCUACCUCAAGGCCUCCGCCAACGUGCCCGGGGUCCGCUCUCUGUACGAGCUGGGCCUGUCGGACUUUGGCGCCGAGCUCGCCGCCCGCCCUGCCCUCGUGGACCGCGUCGUGCGCGGCCUGGUGGACCUGGUGGAGGCCGACCGGAACGGGGCGGCGGUGGAUGGGAAGCUGGCCGCGGGCCUGCUCCAGGCCCUGACCCUGCUGCAUCUCUACGGCCCCGCCUUCCAGCGGCCACUGCUGGCGGCCACGCUGGCCUACUACACCGCGGAGGGCACGCGUCUCGCUCAGGAGCUGGACGUGCCAGCCUACCUCCUGCACGCCGAGCGCCGGCUGGCGGAGGAGGAGGCGCGCUGCGAGGCCUACCUCGGCCAGCAGAGCAGGGACCUGCUCAUGGCCACCCUGAAGGCCAGCCUGCUGGAGGAGCACAUGGCCUCCCUGCUGCAGCGUGGGCUGGACGCGCUGAUCGAGGAGGGCAGGGUGGAGGACCUGUCCCGCGCAUACCGCCUGUCGGAGCGCAUCGAUGCGUUGGACGGCCUGCGCGCAGCCUUCAAGGGCCACGUCCGGCGCGUGGGCCUGGCGCGGGUGGGCGAUCUGGAGCGGGAGGGCACUCUGGUCAGCGACCUGCUGACCUGGCGCAGCCGCCUGGAGUCGUACGUGGCGACGGCCUUCGCACGCAGCGAGGCCUUUGCGCAGGCGCUGAAGGAGGCCUUCGAGUACUUCAUCAACCAGCGGCAGAACAAGCCGGCGGAGCUGAUCGCCAAGUACAUCGACGGCGUGAUGCGGGGCGGCGUCAAGGGCCUGGCCCAGGACGACAUCGACUCGGCCCUGGACGCCGUGCUUGUCCUCUUCCGAUACAUCCAGGGCAAGGACGUGUUCGAGGCCUUUUACAAAAAGGAUCUGGCCAAGCGGCUGCUCCUGGGGCGCAGCUCUUCCAUCGACGCAGAGAAGGCGUGCAUCAGCAAGCUGAAGGCGGAGUGCGGGGCGCAGUUCACCACCAAGCUGGAGGGCAUGUUCAAGGAUGUGGAGCUGUCCCACGACGUCGUGGCAGGGUUCCGGGCCUCCCUGGCGGGCCCGGGAGCGGGGCAGCUGGCGGUGGGGGGCGCCGCGGUGCAGGAGAUGGGCGUGCACGUCCUGACUCUGGGCUUCUGGCCCUCCUACCCUGCCGACGAGUGCUCCCUGCCCGAGGUCCUCACCGCCAGCCAGCAGACAUUCAAGGACUUUUACCUGAAAAAGCACUCGGGGCGGCGACUCGUCUGGUACAACUCGCUGGGCACCUGCGUCUUGCGGGCCAGCUUCCGCGCAGGGUCCAAGGAGCUCUCCGUGUCGCUCUUCCAGGCGACCGUGCUCAUGCAGUUUGAGCGAGGCACAGACACGCUGAGCCUGGAGGAGCUGGCGGCCGCCACCAACAUCGAGGACCGGGAGCUGCGAAGAACCCUGCAGUCGCUGGCGUGUGGGAAGGAGAGGGUGCUCCUCAAGGAGCCCAAGGGGCGCGAGGUGGAGGACGGCGAUCGCUUCACCUACAACGAGGGCUACACCAGCCGCCUGUUCCGCGUGAAGAUCAACUCCAUCCAGCUGCGCGAGAGCGCGGAGGAGAGCGCCAAGACCAACGACCAGGUGCUGCAGGACCGGCAGUACCAGGUGGACGCCGCCGUGGUGCGCAUCAUGAAGACGCGGCGCACGCUGUCGCACAAGCUGCUGGUGAACGAGCUCAUGGUACAGCUCAAGUUCCCCAUCAAGGCGAGCGACCUGAAGAAGCGGAUCGAGUCGCUGAUCGAGCGCGAGUACUUGGAACGCGACGUGCGUGACGCGCAGAUCUACAACUACCUCGCAUAG